AUGUACCGCGCCCGACAGAACAUUACCGUGGGCAUCAGCGCCAGGGCUCGGCCAGCGCCGCCGCCCUCUGAUGCUGCCGCGCAGAUGCGCGCCCUCAAUUGUCGAAUAUCAUCUAAAGUCUUUGGUGGUGAUGCUGAUGAUGAGGAGGAGUAUGAGGAUGGCAAUGGUGGUGCUGGUGAUGAGGAGGAUGAGGGUGGUGUUGUAGAUGAGGGUGGUGAUGGUUAUGUUGAUGAGGAGAGUGAGGUUGGUGAUAGUGACGGUGAUGAGUGGGAUGAGGAUGGUGAUGAGGAGCAUGAGGCUGGUGAUAGUUACACUGAUGAGGAGCAUGAGGAUGGUUUUGGUGACUGUGAUGAGGAGGAUGACGAUGAUAAUGAGGAGAUGAGGAGGAUGAAGAGCAGAUUACGGACGCGCCGUGUUCUGUGCGAGCGGCAGCUGGCGGUAUUUGCGAGGCCGCUGUCGCCGCCGCCGCGGCAGCUGCGCGCCCGGCACGCUCUGGUACGCACACAGACGCGCUCUCGCGCCACGCAGCGCCGCGACGUGCGGCUGUUUACUUUGCCGCCAACUAGUUAA